AUGUCCAAAGAACCUCCCAAAGACCAUAUCCCGUCCCAAUCACCCCCAAAGGGAAACGUCGUAACAGACAAAACCAAAGUCAACUUCACCCCGACCUCUAACGACACCUCCACCUUCCAGUUCUACCCCGAUGACCCCGAAGCCACUCUCAACAGAUUCAAAUUCUACAGCAAAGGAGCCAGUAUGUACUACGACCCCUGCGAAGAAUCUUCAAAAAUGUCCUUCAAGUGCCUGGAACUAAACAACUACGACAGAAGCCUGUGUCACGACUAUUUCGACGCCUACAGAGAAUGCAAGAAGCAAUGGCUCAAAGCAAGAAGAGAGGAUAACUCUAAGUGGCAGUAA